AUGCGUGGAUUGCUACCAUCGGAUCAUAUCACGGUCCGUUUCAUUAUCAGUGGUGCCGAGAAGGUUGAACAAGCCAAACGACUCUGCACACCGCAGGCAAACAAGCAAUUCGAUAAUGCCAAGGAAUUCAGAUUCUGGAUUCGCAGUUUGACCAUCCAGUUAUCGGAGCUAUGCGAAUCAGACCACGCCCGCGACUAUCAUUCGGAGCAGCGAGAUCUUGGUAUACGGCCCUUCAGUACUGGCAGUCUCACCAACAGGAGCAUCAGCAAAGACCUUGCCCGAAUAUUGAAUACUCCCCUGAGCCCGAGCGAACAGCAGGAGCAUGGAAUGGGCUACGUCUACGUCCUACGGUCCCAGAUGGGUCCCAGCACCAUGGCCUUGUUGAAGAUUGGCUUUUCAAAGUUCCACCCGGAGCAUCGAGCACACGAACUUGCUCGAUGUCUGGCGCGACCGGAAGUGGUCAGCCACACUCCCCUGGUGCCGCAUGCGAAGAGACUGGAAUCGAUCAUUCACGCGGAGCUCCAGUCUAGUCGGAAAAUUCAGUCUUGCCCAAGAUGCUGCAAGAAUCAUCAAGAAUGGUUUGCCGUGGCGCACGCGGAGUCUAGAGAAGUCCUAACGAGGUGGAGCACGUGGAUCCUUCAACGACCCUAUGUGGACGGUAAGCUAACGGAUAAAUGGAAAGACCAUCUGGGAACCAUGGAUUUUAAAUCCGUCGAUGACAGCACGUCUCUAGCAGAGUUUUGGGGGACUAUAAUCGACGAGUUUCCUCAGGGUGGGUCCACAGACGAUCGAUCGCAGCGCAUCGGGAAGUACCUGAACGAUUGCUACUGGGAUGUCAUGUGUGACCGGCUUGGCGUCACCCAGUACGGGAAAGAUUUCUGUGACUCGCUUCGAGGAGAUGUACCUCUAGGCCCCAGUGGCACAGGAACUUGGAGAGAUGAGUUACAAACCAGCUUUGAUGCUGUAGGAGAGAAACUUCGCGGCCUUCAGAUGAAGGAUGACGGCCGAGAUGACGGCUACGAAAUGGACGACCGCGAUGCGCUGGCAAACUUACUGACCGAGGGUGUGUUUCGUCCGGGCAGAUCGCGCAACGACCCGAUUGAUGACCUAGACACCCCGAUCAGUGCCAUUUUCAGCACAGAUACGUACCUUGGUCGCAUGUUUCAUCCCGAAACAAAGCUUCGCCAUCUUUUAAAUCCGGACAAAUCUCCAGGCCCGCUGCUUCGUUCAUUUCAACGUCAAGAAACGGAAUCCAGGGCCGCAACAAAAGAUAUGCUCAAGCUCGUUGAGUCCUUGAAGACCCUCAAGACCGGGGCGGUCUCUGUCAGCGAUCCCAUUCUCGGAGUUACCGAGUCACCCCUGGGCGACGCCACUAUGCUUCCUGUUCUGGCGAUCAAAGAUUUGAAAUAUCUCAACCCGCUUGUGACCAAUUGGGUUGGCAUGAAUCCCACGAACGCCGGAUUUCAGUACGUCCAGGAAGCCUAUGCCAGCGGUAAAUGGUUUGGCAGCAAGCCGCGCUUCCAGCUACCAAAGGCGUACCGCAGGGCUGGGUAUAAAAGCCUUUCGGCCAAGGAUGCCGACAACGCCUCGUCUUCAAAGAGGCGAGCACAAGAAAGAGCUAAAGAUGGCAAAAUAACUCCCGAGCCCCUUGUGGAUGAUGUGGACCCUGAUCGAAUUUAUAAUCAACCUAGCUUCCAGCUCACCCGUGGGCCAGACUCGGAUGAGUUCAGAUGGACAGUCCCGAUCAAUGACGAGUUCAUCCAAAAAGUCAACCAAGGCCUUGAAGAGAUACGGAAUGGAGGACGCGCAGACAUGGAGAAAAAGCUCGCAAAGGCGUUUCGUGACGUGGGAGUCGACGUGCCUAUGAGCGAAGAUAAAGAUUCGACAGACUCCAACUCUUUUAUCUCGUCCGACUCCUCGUCCAGCGAGGAGGAGGGACGAGAUCUGCACGCAGAACAAAGUCCCGGAACUCUUCCAAUGAUUCCCGCCAAGCGAAGAAAAGAGUCCAGCUGUAGCAUAGACCUCAUCAGCGCAAAAAAGGCAAAGUCGUGGCUGCAAUCGCUGUAA